AUGUAUGUAAAUACUAAAUAAGGAGUGAAAAGAUUUUUGGAAAGAAUAAAGAGAUCUAAAGAAAAAUAAAAAGAAUAGUAAAAAAUAGAAAAUAUUCCAUUUUUUCUCUUGUUAUCCUUCAUUUUAAUUAUUUAUGCUGGAUUAUAGUUUUUAAUAUAUUAACCAAAUUAGGACGUCUAUUAGUAAUUUUUGAGCAACUUAAAUGAAGAUAUUAUUGUUGAUUUUUAUAUUUAAUGGAAUGAAUAGACUUGCUUAAAAAAAGAUUAUUAACCUCUAUUUUAAUACAAUUAUAGUAGAGUUAUUAAAGGUUGUGAUUGCAGUUAAAGGAGAAAUAAAACUGGAAAUGAAGAAACUAAGAUAGAAAUCAUUAUUGGGAAAGGAUGCACUUAAAAAUAUCUGAAUUAAGGAUGUUUUACUUUUAAUCAAGAAUUAUAUUAAAAUAUAAGUUAUUUGAAUAACAAUGAAUUUGGAUCUUGUAUAUUUAUUAAUUUAUAUUUAGAAUUCCUUAUAUGUGUAAAAAGAUAAAAAGAUAUUUCUCUUAAAUACAAUCACACUUAUUGUUAAUAAUAAGAAAAGACUAUUUGCAAAGCAUAAGAUCUUAUAUAUUGCUUACCAAAAAACAUUAGUUGUCCUAUUUCUGAAUUUGGAAUAAAAGCAAUUGAAGAAAUAAAUCCAAAUUUUACAAAUUCAUUAACAUAUCUUGGAAAUAAUAAGUAUUUUUAUUUUGGAUAUAAUGACAAUAAUAUGCCCAUUUCUCAAGUAUAAUUAACAAAAGGAGAGAAUAUUUGUAAAUUAAAUAAAUAGUAAGCUUUUUCUGAACAAUAAUUAUAUACAGAAAAUUAGAAAUAGGCUUGUGAGGAAAAUGACCAUCUAUUUUCUUAAAUAUAUGCAAUAUUGGAAGAAUAGCUAUUUCUAUCAAAUAAUUUAUUUUACUAUAAAGAUGGUUUAAGCUAUUUUUAUAUUGAUAGAAUUCACAAUUGGACUUUACAAGCAAAACCCUAUAUUUUAAUAUCUCCUUUAUGUUAAUAAAAUGAAUACUAUUAAAAAAUGUUAACAAACGAAUAUUAAACCGAAAUUAACCAAUAAAGAAUUCUUUAACUAACAUUCAUUUUCGUAAUAUUUUUAUUUCGAAUAUUAUAAAUAUUCAUAAACUAUUACUUUUAUAAACAUUUUCAAGAAGAAAGAAAAACUAAUAAUCAUUUUAUAUAAUUUAUAAAAAAAAUUUAAUAAAAGAAAAACCAAUACUAGAAUUUAGGUUGUUGUAAUAUCUAUACAAUAAUAUCAGUAAUAAUAUUAUUUUGCUAUCUCUUUUUAAUUGUAUUAAUUAAAUUGAAUAUUGAUUCCAUUUUUGAAGAAAUAGAAUAACUCUUAAGUAUUCCUUGCAUAGUAAGAGAUGAUGCAAAUAAUUACUUAAAAUAUUCAAUAUAAGAUCAUCCAGUUUAAUUAUUUUUAAGUCUCCUCUAUUAUACUUUUAUAAUUUUAUAAAUUAUUACCGUACUAAUUUACAUUUUAGAAUAAAUUGGACUUAAAAAAGAUCGUUUAUAUAAAUAAAAUAAUAAAUAGCUUAUUGAGGAAUGA